CCACUUUCGAGCGGCCUACGAUUGGACAGUUUAGAAUAAUUCACAGACCCCUGCCAACCACUUCGCAGGAAUACAAACAGCAGGAAAAAAAUGGCGUCGCAUUUCAGUGGAGUGCUUCAGCUCACGGAUCUGGAUGAUUUUAUCACUCCGUCUCAGGAAUGUGUGAAGCCUGUAAAAGUGGAAAAGAAGCAGGGCAGAUCUGUGGCUAAAAUCCAGAUAGAAGAUGAUGGCAGUUAUUUUCAGGUCCAUCAGGACGGUCAAAGGGAAAAGUUGGAGAAAGCGAAGAUUACUCUAAACGACUGUCUGGCUUGCAGUGGCUGCAUCACGUCUGCGGAGAGUGUCCUGAUCACCCAACAGAGUCACGAGGAACUGUAUCGUGUGCUGCGUCAGAAUAAGCAGGUCAGCAGUAGCGAGCAGAAGGUGGUGGUGGUGUCUGUGUCUCCUCAGUCCAGAGCCUCUCUAGCAGCACACUACGGUCUCAGCAGCAGCGAAGUGGCUCGUAGACUCACCGGCUUCCUGAAGAACUUGGGUGUCUGUCACGUGUUUGACACCAGCUUCAGUCGCUCAUUCAGCCUGUUAGAAAGCCAGAGGGAGUUUCUAGAGCGAUUCCAGCGGAAGGAAGUAGACAAGAAGGCUCUACCGAUGCUGGCUUCUGCCUGUCCAGGCUGGAUUUGCUAUGCUGAGAAGACUCAUGGUGACUUCAUCCUGCCGUACAUCAGCACGACCCGCUCGCCGCAGCAGAUGAUGGGUUCUCUAGUCAAGGGCUAUUUUGCCUCUCAGAAGGGUGUUUCACCGCAGCAGAUCUACCAUGUGACCGUCAUGCCCUGCUAUGAUAAGAAACUCGAGGCUUCCAGACCAGACUUCUACCUCAGCGAGUACGAGACCAGAGAGGUGGACUGCGUCAUCACUUCAGGUGAAGUUCUGAAGAUGUUAGAAGAGGAGAAUGUGUCCUUGAGGGACGUGGAAGUGGCACCUUUAGACACAAUGUUCAGUAACAUAUGUGGGGAGGAGCUGCUGCGUCACGCAGGAAGUGGAUUGGGAGGAUACCUUCAUCACAUCUACAAACACGCUGCCAAACAGCUGUUUGGGCUUGAAGUUAAUGAACUCACUUACAAGACAAUGAAGUACGUAUGAACACAGCAGUAUUAAAAAAAAGAAUUAAAGGAUUUCAAUAUAGAGAAGGACGGUCAAGUUUUGCUGCGAUUCGCUGCCGUCUACGGCUUCAGGAACAUUCAGAACCUGGUGCAGAAGCUGAAACGUGGAAAGUCUCCAUACCACUUUGUAGAAGUGAUGGCAUGUCCGUCAGGAUGUCUGAAUGGUGGCGGUCAGCUGAAGCCUUCAUCAGAUCAAACUAACAAAGAGCUGCUGCAGCAGGUGGAGGAGUUGUACGGCGGUGAACGUCCCUCGGUGCCAGAGCGGGACUCACGAGUGGCUGAACUCUAUCAGAGCUGGUUAGAGAGCGUGGGAGAGGAGAAAGCCAGACAGCUGCUGCACACGCAGUACCACGCCAUAGAAAAAAACACCAAUGGACUCAGUAUAAAGUGGUGAGGAGCCACGAGACACUGUUUCUUUGCCUUCCGAUAAAUGUUUGUCGAAGUCAGUUUAAACUUAAAGAUGCAUUUGACACUACACCAGCUAAACACUUAUAGACAUGCCAUUAGCAAAUGUGAUUAUGUUUCAUUAGACAGAUGAAGGUAUAUUUCCUGCAAGUAUGCUUCUAUAAAGUAUCCACUGAAAAAGGUUGAGGUCAAACUGCUCUUUAUGUGUCUUAUAGCAGUAGGCAAUUUUUCCAUGUCUAUGAAUGUUGCCUUGUGUUAUUUCUUUUCUUUCAUGUAUUUGUGAGUUUGUUUCUUUGAAAGUGCUGAAGGCAAAAAAUGCAAUAGAUGUUACUAUGUAGUAUGCACUGAAAAUUAUACCUUUUCUUUUUUUUUAAAUAUACUUUGAUUUAUGAUGAUAAUAAAUAUAUGAGUCAUUCCAUGAAUGUAAUUCUAUUUAUGGAGAAAAUAAACUAUAAAUAUAUUUUAA